UGGCCGGGUUCCCUCGUGGAUGCAGUGCCACCUGGGAAGGGUCCUGGAAACCACAUCCUCGUGCUGUUCCCAGGUGGGAUUGGGGUUGGUGAGAUGCUCAGCCAACCCUCGGUCUCCUGCCAGACGACUCCAGACUGACAAUCCUGUUUCCUUUCUUACCACCAGAGCCAUUCUGGCAGUGGGUGCCAGUGCCCUGGGUGUGCCCGCGGAGCUUUUGGGUCAGGUGCUGAGUGGCCGAGGUGGGGACAUUGCCCCUGUGCAGCUGGACUUGUCCUGAGCAGGUGACAUGCACCCUGACUGGCUGCUGGGAGCUGGGGCAUGUGGGACACAGGUCCUGCUGGGGCCCGGGGGGGGUCACCCUCUUCCCCAUGUGGUCACCACGUGUCCCCUGCGCUGCUCCCCUCCCACCUGCCCUGGCCGGGUGCUGACCGUGCUGCUGCUGGUGCCAGGGGCUAUUUUGAGCUCUGCUCCCAGGUCCUCCCGCAGCUCGGCCCCAUCUCAGCGCUGGGGCUGCCGGGGGACCUGGGCUGCUCUGGGGAGCCCCGUGCUGGGCUGCCAGCCCAGGCUGUCCCCCUCGGGCAGCGCCAGAGCGCUCUGGGGGGGCUCACACCCAACCGCAGCCUUCCCCCCGUUUCUUUGGGGCGCAGAGGUGCGCACCAAGCAGGGCACGGGCGACACACGUGUGCCAGCCGCUGUGGAAGCCAAGGAGCAGGAGGGCCCCGCGGUGUCACCGCCUCUCCCCAGCCGAGGCCCCGGUGCCACCGCCGCGGCUAUUUUUAGCAGGGACAUGUGUCACCUCAGCUGCCACCGCGGCGGGGGCGGGGGGAGGCGGCUGCUGACCCUCGGGGCGCUCCCCGCGCUGCCGCCGCCGCUCUCGGCUCGCCGGGAUCCCGGUGCUGCUGGGGGACAUCGGCGCCCACCGCCCCCGCCAGCACCGUCCUGCCUCGCCGCCACCAUGGCCAUCUCCUCGCGCCUCGCGCUCUGGGAGCAGAAGAUUCGUGACGAGGACCGGGGGCCACCCCCGUCUGCACCCCCCCUGCUGCUGUCGGUCAUCCCCGGGGGUUUCAUCAGGCAGCUGGUGCGGGAGACCGAGCAGGAGGCCAAGGCGGCGCGGCGCAGGAAGGAGAGCAGGCUGGGCACCAAGGAGGAGCCCGCGGGGAAGGACGGAGAGACCCGAGGAAGGGGGACCAGCGAGGGGCCAGCGAGGAACGGGCUGAAGGCAGAGGGGCAGGGGGGCAAGGGGGUCACAGCCCCCCCAGACAAGGAGCUGCCCCCUGUGCUGGGGACUGUCCCCAGCAAAACCCCGGCCCCUGCACCUGCAGCAGCGCCUGCCUCCAAACCAGCAGAGACACCCCCCAAAACAGCAGAGACACCCCCCAAAAAAGCAGAAACAUCCCCCAAAACAGCAGCACCUGCCUCCAAACCAGCAGAGACACCCCCCAAAAAAGCAGAAACAUCCCCCAAAACAGCAGCACCUGCCUCCAAACCAGCAGAGACACCCCCCAAAACAGCAGCACCUGCCCCCAAACCGGCAGGGACAUCCCCAAAAAGAGCAGAGAUCCCCUGCAAACCAGCAGAGACACCCUCAAAACCAGCAGAAACACCCCCCAAAACAGCAGAAGCUUCUUCCAAACCAUCAGGGACCACCCCCAAACCAGCAGAGACCCCUCACCCAGGGGCUCCCAAGGUGGGAAAGCUAUCGUGGCCCAGGAAGAACCCCAACAAGGACACCUUCCUGGGGGGCAGCCCCCCAGCUCCAGCCCCUGCACCCAGCCAGGGCCCCCAGCGUGGCAGCAAAGUGAAGGAAGGGGACACGCCCAAGGGGACAGUCCCUGAGAGCAUCAAGGAGAAGGGGACAAUCCCUGAGAGCACCAAGAAGGAGAAGGGGACACUCCCUGAGAGCACCAAGAAGGAGAAGGGGACACCCCUGAAGCAGGAGGAGCCCCCAGGCAAGGUGAAAGCCCAGAGGGAGCUGUUGACAGCCAGGAAAGAGCCAGAGAAGAUGAAGAAAGAUGUUGGAGGUGAUAAGAAGGAGCCAAGGGAGAUCAAAAAGCCUGAAAAAGCCCCAAACAAGUCAGAGGGUCUCAAGGGGGAGCCGGGAGGAACCCAAGAGAAGUCUACUGGUGUGGGAAAAGAGGUGGGGAAGGUGAAGGAAGAGCUGGGAAAGGGUAAAGAGAUGCUGAAAGAGAGCAAAGGGUUUGGCAAGAGCACAGACAAGGAUCAGGCUAAAGAAACAUCAGGAAGGAGCAAAGAGAUGAGCAAGAGCACGGAAAAGGACCAGGAUGAAGAGGCGUCGGGCGAGAGCGUGGACAAGGACCAGGCUCCGAGGGACGUUUGGUACGAAGCAGAGAAGGUCUGGCUGAUCCAGCAGGACGGCUUCACGCUGGCCACACAGCUGAAACCAGACGUGGGGACACCGGAGCUGCCGGCGGGGAGGGUGAGGGUGCGCCGGGACGAGGAUGGCACCGUCACCGAGGUGGACGAGGACAGCGUGCAGAGGACCAACCCUCCCAGCCUGGACCAGGCCGAGGAUCUGGCCACGCUCAUCAGCCUCAACGAGUGCAGUGUCAUCAACACGCUGCGGCAGCGCUUCCGAGCCCGCCUGCCCUGCACCUACGCGGGGCCCAGCCUGGUGGCCAUCGCCACCGGCACCGUGCCCGCCGACGGCGCCGGCAAGGUUCCCAGGGGGAAGCGGGACAACCUUCCCCCACACAUCUGCUCGCUGGCACACAGAGCCUACAGGAACCUGCUGCUGCAGCGGCACGACCAGGCCAUCGUCCCCCUGGGGCACAGCGGGGCUGGCAGGACCCGGUGCUGCCAGAGCGCCCUGGAGUACCUGGUGGGCACGGCGGGCAGCCUGGAUGGCAGGGUGUCAGUGGAGAAGAUCCGGGCCAUGUUCACAGUCCUGGGAGCCUUUGGGUCGGUGACCACCAGGCACAGCGGCAGCUCCACGCGCUUCUCCAUGGUCCUGUCGCUGGACUUCAGUGCCACCGGCCAGGUCACUGCUGCUCACCUCCAGACCCUGCUGCUGGAGAGGGCCCGCGUUGCCCAGCAGCCCGAAGGAGAGAGCAGCUUCAACAUCUUCCCACUGCUGCUGGCAGGGCUGGAUGUGGCAGAGAGGACGAUGCUGCACCUGCACCAGGUGGCUGAGAGCAAUUCCUUUGGGAUCAAACCCUUCACAAAGCCUGAGGACAAGCAGAGAGCCUCGGUGGCCUUCUCCCAGCUCCGGGCUGCCAUGGGCACGCUGGGCAUCACCGCGGAGGAGCAGGCGGCCGUGUGGCGCAUCCUGGCUGCAAUCUACCACCUGGGAGCUGCUGGAGCCUGCAAAGUGGGCAGGAAGCAGUUCCUGAGGUUCGAGAGCGCCAGCCGUGCUGCCGAGGUGCUGGGCUGUGACGUGGAGGAGCUGGGCACCGCCGUCUUCAAGCACCACCUGAGGCACAUCCUGGCGCAGGUGACAGCGCGGGGCCAGCCCCAGGCAGAGGAGAGCCCGCCAGGGCCGAAGAUGACGGGAGUGGAGUGUGUGGAGGGAAUGGCCUCGGGGCUCUACGAGGAGCUCUUCGCCGCCGUGGUCUCGCUCAUCAACAGGUCCUUCUCCUCCCAGCACCUCUCCAUGGCCUCCAUCGCCGUGGUGGACAGCCCUGGCUUCCAGAGCCCGCGGCAGCAGCACAGCCAGCGAGCGGCCACCUUUGAGGAGCUGUGCCACAACUACGUCCAGGAGAGGCUGCAGGGGCUCUUCUAUGAGAAAACCUUCCUCUGGGAGAUGGAGAGGUACAGAGAGGAGAAUGUUGAGGUGUGUUUUGAUCUUCCAGAGCGCUCUCCACUGGCCACGCUGUCCAUCAUCGACCUGAGCUGCUCCCAGCCACAGGUGCUGCCAGGCAGCCCCAGGGCUGAUCGUCGGGGGCUGCUGUGGAUCCUGGAUGAGGAGGUGCUGGUGCCAGGCUCCGGGGAUGGCACUGCCUUCGAGCGCCUCUGCUCCUACUUCGCCACCAAGGCACCCCACCAGGACGGUGAGGGGCACCUGCGCAGGUGUGAGCAGACACUGCACUUCGAGAUCUGCCACCAGCUGGGCACGGCCCCCGUGCGCUACGACCUCACGGGCUGGGUCAGCAAGGCCAAGUUCAACCUCUCGGCCCAGAAUGCCAUCCAGGUGCUGCAGAACUCCACGGUAGCGGCGGUGCGGGAGCUGGUGCAGCCGCGGGCGAGCGCUCCGCUGUGCUGCCGCGCCCUGGCCGGGCUGGACGGGCGCUCCCAGGCCGCCCUGCACCGCAACGCCUGCCUGAGGAAGACCUUCGCCAGCAGCUUCGCCGCCCUGAGGAACAGGUCGGUGUGCGCCCAGAUCAAGCUGCAGGCGGACGCCCUCACCAACCUUCUCCGACGGUCCCAGCUGCACUUUGUCCACUGCCUCCUCCCAGGGAUGGGCGGGGAAGGGCCGGUCCCUCGGCCCCCAGCGCCACCAGAUGCAGCCCCACAGCUGGAUGUGGUGGCCCUGAGGACACAGCUGGAGGGGACCCAGCUCCUGGAUGCCCUGCGCCUCCACCGUGUCGGCUAUUCGGAUCGGCUGCUCCUCACCCAGUUCCGCAGGCGCUUCCAGGUGCUGGCUCCCGAGGUGAUGAAGAAGCACAACUCUGCCUACGAGGUGCCCGAUGAGAGCAAGGCUAUCGAGGAGCUGUUCCAGGCGCUGGAUCUGGAGAAGAAGAGCGUUGCCAUAGGACGCACGCAGGUGUUCCUGAAGCCGGGGGUGAUCUCCAGGCUGGAGAAGCAGCGGGACAAGCUGAUAGCCCAGAAGAUGACUCUGCUCCAGGCUGCCUGCAAGGGCUUCCUCAGCCGACAAAAGUUCAAGAGAUUGAAGAUCCAGCGCCUGGCCGUCCGCUGCAUCCAGAAGAACCUGCAGGUGUUCCAGGCAGUCAGGCACUGGCCCUGGUGGCAGCUGCUGAGCCACGUGAGGCCCCUGCUCAGCGUGAACCUCGCCGAGGAGCAGCUCCGUGCUAAGGAGGAGGAGCUGGCGGCUCUGAGAAGGAAGCUAGAAAAAUCCGAGCAGGCGUGCAGCGAGCUCAGACAGACUACAGAGAGUCUGGAGAGCAAGAUCAUCGACCUGACCACGGAGCUGUCGGAUGAGCGCUACAAGGGCGAUGUCACCUGCCAGGCCCUGGACGGGGAGCGGGCGGAGCGGCUGCGGGGCACCCGCGAGCUGCAGGAGCUGCAGAGCAAACACGACCAAGUGCAGAAGAAACUGGAGUCGGUGGAGAAGCAGCUGGAAGAGGCCCAGCAGCUGGUGCAGCUGCGUGAGAUGAAGAUCAGCGGCUCUGGAGGAGAGGACGAGUGGCAGGUGAGGUUUGACUGUGCCCAGACCGAGAUCGUGUUCCUGCGGAAGCGGCUGGCGCAGCUGGAGGAGCGGCUGGAGGCAGAGCUGGGCACCAGGACAGGGCUCGAGCAAAAGCUGGGCGAGGCGCGGGCAGCGUGCCAGGCGGCGCGGGACGGGGCGCAGCGGCUGCGGCGGCGCUGCCAGCGCCUGGCCUGCGAGCUGGAGGACGCCCGGGUGCUGGCUGAGAGCCAGCAGAGCCGCAGCCACGAGCUGGAGAGGAGGCAGAAGAAGUUUGACCUGCAGUUGGCCCAGGCCCUGGGGCAAUCUGCCUUCGAGAAGAGCCUCCGUGAAAAGCUGUCCCAGGAGAACACCAGCAUCCGCUGGGAGAUGGGCAAACUGCAGCAGAGCCUGGAGCACAAGGAGGCCGAGGUGGCCAGGCUGGAGCAGCAGGUGGCCGUGCUGGCCGGCCGAGUGCAGGAGCUCAGCACCCCCGGGGCCACGGACACGGUGCCUGCGCUCAAGAAGAAGCUCUGGGACCUGGAGGGCAGCGCUGCCGAGCAGAAGAAGGAGCUGGAGCGGCAAACGGCCGCCGUGGAUCACCUGGAGCAGCUCCACGAGAGGCUGGAGCUGGAGAUCGAGAGGAUGAAGCAGAUCCACCAGAAGGAGCUGGAGGACAAGGACGAGGAGCUGGAGGACACACAGAAGUCCUGCCAGAAGAGGCUCCGGCAGCUGGAGAUGCAGCUGGAGCAGGAGCACGAGCAGAAGCAGAUGGUGCUGCACGAGAAGCAGGACCUGGAAGGGCUCAUUGGCACCUUGUGUGAGCAGAUCGGCCACCGCGACUUCGACGUGGAGAAGCGGCUGCGGCGGGACCUGCGGAGGAGCCGGGCGCUGCUGGCCGAUGCUCAGCGGCUGCUGGCGGCCCCAGCCGAGCCCGCGGGCAGCGCUCAGGAGCUGCAGCACCUGCGCAAACAGUUGGAAGAGAGUGAAGCCAAGUGUGCAGAGGCCCAGAGAUGCCAGCAGACAGCAGCCCUGCAGCUGGAGAACCUGCACACGGAGCUGGAGACCCUCAGCAGAAGCAAGACCCUGGUGGACGAGCAGCUGUUCCAGCUGCAGCACGAGAGGGCCGACCUGCUGAAGCGCAUCGAUGAGGACCAGGAGGACCUGAACGAGCUCAUGGAAAAGCACAAGGCUCUGAUCGCCCAGUCGGCCACAGACAUCGCUCAGAUCCGCGAGCUGCAGACACAGGUGGAGGAUGUGAAGAAAGAAAAGCAGAGCCUGCAGGAGAAGCUGCAGGCAGCUCAGGCCAGGGCAGCCCAGCUGGAGCAGUGCCCGGCCGAGCGCUCCAUCGUCAGCCGGCAGGAAGCUCGGAUCCGGGACCUGGAGAGCCAGCUGGACUUCCAGGCCGUGCAGAUGAAGCGCUUCGAGGUGCUGGUGCUGCGCCUGCGGGACAGCAUCAUCCAGAUGGGAGAGGAGCUGGAGAAGGCGGCCGAGUCAGAGGCACGGGAGAGGGAGAGCACCAGGUACUACCAGAGGAGGAUGGAGGAGAUGAAGGCUGACAUGGACGAGCUGGUGCAGAGGGAGCUGGAGUCCAGCCGCCGGCGCAUGGAGCUGGAGCAGCAGCUGGCAGAGCUGGCAGAGGCGAGGCAGGGGCUGCAGGCUGACCUGGGCACCUCCAUCCGCCGCAUCGCAGACCUGCAGGUGGCCCUGGAGGGGCUGCGUGACAGCGACGACAGCGAUGCUGACAGCGUGCAGACGGCGCGGGAGUCGCUGUGCUCCAGGAGAGACACGGAUGCCUGCUCCAGUGUUGGCUCCGUGCUCAGCCUGGAGCCUGCAGAGAGUGUCAAGUCCUGGCUGAGCUCCUCCUCAGGCUGGACGUCCCUGGUGAGUGCCAGCGUGGCCGGGAGCAUUCCAGCACCGUCCGUGGGCAGCCGCAGCACCCAGAGCCUCAGGGUGAGCAGAGACACCAAGGACCCCGCUCUGAGCCGGCCUCUCUCCUCCCGGAGCUCUGCCCGGCCUGGCGAGGCUGCGGAUCCGGGCAGGACAGCGAGUCCCCUGCUGGGGGCCAGAAGACGGGAAUUCGGAAAACCUCAGGCAGCAGAAGAGGAUCUGGAGAGCCCGAAGAAGCCCGUGGACAGGAUAGGAGACACAUCCCCCUCGGUGCUGCGGCGGGGCGGCUCCCCGGCUGCGGACGGCAGGUUCCCCAGCGCGGUGUCCCCGCCGGUGCCCAGCAGGAGGAGGCUCUCGGUGGCCUCGGGGUCGGUCUCGGUGGCCUCGGGGUCGGUCUCGGUGGCCUCGGGGCCGGUGCCCAGCUCCGCCGCCCUGUCCGAGUACGUGGAGGAGCUGCGGCGGCAGCGGGGAGCGGAGCGGGAGCCGGGGCUGCCGGGGCUGCCGGGGCUGGGGGACGCCUCUCCGCUGCCCAUUUACCGCACCACCGGCGCCGCGGCCCUGCGCCGCUCCAGGGCUGCCCCGGCGGCCGAGGAGCCCCCGGGGAGGCCGGAGGGGGAACGGGCAGGGGAAGGGGAGGGAGCCGGUGCCAGCCUCAGCCGCUCCUCCAGCCUGCGGAGCGUGGCCGCGGAGCCGGCCGAGCCCCCGCGUUCCCCAGUGCUGAGAAAGGCAUCGAAAUUCGGCUCCUACGACUCCCUCCUGCCGGCCCUGGACGGCUCCGGCCGCCGGCCCAGCUCCCCGGCUGCCGGGAUGGAGGUGCCGCGGCCGAGCUCCUGGAGGAGCUGCCUGGAGCCGUCGCUGGAGGAUGUGGAGCCGGGGAAGGAGCCGGAGGGAUUCCUGAGCUCCCUGUCCGGCGAUGGGCUGGGCGAGGGGAAGGGGAGCGACCCCUUCAGCUGGCGAAUACCCACCCUCAACUACGAGAGGAGAACCAAGGUCGACUUCGAUGAUUUCCUGCCGGCCAUCCGCAAGUCGCGCUCCGCCAGCAGCCUGGCCAGGGCCCGCAGGGACAGGAGGGACGGCCAGCGGCCCCUCACCGUGCGCUUCGAGGACGAGGCCAUAGCCGCGGGCAGCCUGGAGUCCUCUGAGACCAAGGGCACGGCCAAGGGCGGCCCGGGCCCCCGGGAAGAGCCCGGGGACCUCUCUGACUGCUCCUCAUCCUCCGGCUCGCACCGCUCCUCCCGCAGCGCCGACAGCAUCAAGCGGCGGCCGCAGCCCCCGAGAGCGGCCGGGGAGGGCUCCAGCGGCAGGGCCGGCAGCCAGGGCAGCGGGAUGAGCCGCCGGGCCGAGGCCGAGGGCAGGGAGGACGAUGUCAGCAGCAUCAUGAAGAAAUACCUGGGCAAAGAAUAAGGCUCCGUUCCCAUCGAGCCCCAGCCCGCAGAGACGAGGAGCCACGAUGGGCACACAGCUUCCCUGCUCCUGGCACAACCACCUCACGAGAGCAGAGACUGCAAAAGGCUCCACAAAAGUCGUGGGAUGAUUCUAGAAACUUUUUUUUGCUCCUGGACAUACCUGGUUUCCUCAUGCUCCUGCCCCGUUUCCCAGCGCCGCAGCUUUGCUCAGGGCCAGCCGCGGGGACAAGGACGUUCCUGUUCUCCUGCAGUUGUUUGACGUGGGAGUUGGUGCUUAAAUUCAAACCCAGCGGCUGCCACAGAUGCUGAGGAUGUGCCAUGGCCUGGGAAAGCCACUCUGAGAGGAGCAGGAGGGACACCAGACCCCUCCUUUGUACCCCAGAGCUGCAGCCCGGGUGUCUCAUCUCACACUGCACUGCCCAAAAAUCAGCUGAUCUUGAGGGUGGUCUUGGGUCUCAGUGUGACCCCCAGCAACAGCAGAGCUCUGAAACUUUUAUAAUUCCACAGGAUUUGAUGGAUCCAUCUGUGCUUCCAUGGCUCCAGCCUGUGGGGGACACCUGGGCACAUCCCAGUGGCGUGCAAGGCACAUGGGCAACGGGGGGCUCUAUUUAAUGCCUGCUUGGUUUUUACACAAUAAAAUAUUUGCUUCU